AUGCCAGGAUACAGAGGGAGAGAAAAAGCUCCUUUACAGAGGGAGAGAAAAAGCUCCUUUGUAAGGUGGAAUGCUUUUCAUCCAUAAAGUAAAUCUCUUUUAGUUCUUCCCACCCCAAAACCAAUUUUAAAGGUAUCCCACACACAAAAAAGAAGGCCCUGGACCUAUUUGCCUGCAAGUUGAUAGGUUUCUUAUCCAGGGGCACAUUUCUCAUAUCUGCAGUUUUCAAACCAACUGCCUAAACAACACUAGGGAGAAUUAAGUGAUUCCUUUUUCAUUCACACAAAAAUGGCAAUGUCUGUCCUUUGCAGCAAAACCACUGCAGUCACCAUUCUGAAACUUGGUAUGAUUCAUACUCUCAGAAGGGGUGAGCUUUCUUGAAAAUUUCAUAUAAUUUUCGUUCCCAAUUUUAAUAUGCUACUUUUGAGCUAAAAAAAAGUCCACUACAUUUUAGAGGUACCUAGCACAAAUACCACUGGACUUGUGUGCCCGUAUUUGACCAGCUUUAUCCACUUUGGAGGUGCUAGUAUACCUAGAAGCCUCAAAAGGGGGGGGGGGAUAGCCUAUUUUGAUUUCCUAACAGUGACUGGGACUGGGAGGAACAAAGUGUAGGGGUUCUAUCCUGCCUGUCCUAACCAGUCUUCCUAGCAAGUUGAUUCUGGGGCUCUCAUGUACCAUCCUGAAAACAUAUCUAAUUGUUCUAAACUUAAAAGAAAAUGGGUAACGGCCUCAAAUAUGGGAAGUAAACAUUCUUCCCAUGCUUUGAGAAGCAAAGGGGAUCUUUUGAUCUAUCUGCCUUAUAUUUGUAUAUCUAACCCAGUAUUUUCUACUCAGUGGCUCUCAGGCAGGUGUCAGGGAUAAAACUUGGGGCUUUCUGCCUGCAAUGCAUGUGCUCUAUCAUUGAACUAUAAAACCAUCAAAGCUAUGCACAUUUACUAUUUCUAGUGAAGAAAAUGCAAUUGACAGCUCAUGAUAAAUGUUUUUAAUAUUUCAGCCCCAGCCCUAGUGCAACAGAAGGCUGCACGCCCACUGCCACACUCAGCCGUCCUCAUUUCUUCCCCACCAAACAGAUUAUCAGCUCUGUCAGCUCUUACAUCACUGAACAAAUGUGGGAUGGAGUUCCUGCUCUCAGUAUCCUUCUCCAACAGGUGACUGAUACUGUCAGUCUUGAUCAUCUGUUCAGCAAAUUGUACAAGAAUACUCCACACUCCAUAUGGAACACCCUUGUUGGUUUGGGGGCACUGUUUGUCAGAUCCACAUGGAACAGAUCUUGAAAAUGCAAUGGACAUAUUUUCAAUGAACAUUUUUCUUUUAGUUAAAAAUAGCUUUUCCUGUGUUAAAUGUUCCAUUCGCCACAUUUAAAAGUGGGGGAAAUAAUACUUGCAAGACAAAGGCAUUUUUAGGGCCUCUUGUAAAAGUAAGCUGGACAACUUCCAGUUCUCUUUCCUCGGCACAGCAAAUCCUUAUGCAGAGUAGCUAAUAGUUUUCCAGUAUGUCUACAAGGGAGAAACGCUUCAUUUACCAAAACAGUAUGAGAAACUGCAGUAAAAAAAACCUUGCUCAAACUAAAAUUAGAACAUAUUAGUAGCAGAAGAAAAUUUCCAGUGCAAUCAUUUUGGGUCAUAUAAUAAAACAGUAGUAAAUGAUCCAAGACUAGGUUGCCAGCCUUGCUUAAUUAUUGGGUGUAAUAAUUAAGUUUGGUUAGAGGUCAUGGAAUUAUCUUAGAUAUGGAGGUGUUGGCUCUGUGGUCAUACAAGAUAGCAUAUGGGAAUGGCCUAAAGUCCUAUUGUGAUGCAAGCAAAAAUAUGUUCCAGAUUGCACCUCAUUGAUUAAUGAGUAUGCACCCUAGGACCUGUCUGUAAGUCAGAGAAAAUUCAGCUUAUAACAUAUAGGUCAGUGACAGUACCCAUAUAAAUGCAUAGUAUAAUUGCAAAUAUGAUCUGACAACCAACUAUAAGAUGAGGGGCCACAGCUCAAUGGCAGGAUAGAAUUGUCUCAGGUAGCAAAGCUGGGCAAGAGCUCUGCUUCAGACCACUGCUAGCUAGACAGGAAUGACCUGUUAAGUAUAAUGGUUUAAUUCACACAGAAAAGAAAAAUGUAUAUGCAUUAAUGAAGGUUUGUAAUGCAAAAUAGCUAAAUGUGUAUUGCUAACACUGGGGUUUCCCCCCACAAGAUUAAGUAACUGAUUGUUGUUCUCUGGUAGCUAACAUGUGAGGGUUGUAGCAUGGGAUCAUGUGAGAGGUAUUGAGUUGCAGUCUCCAUUGUGAAGGGUGUUGCUUUGAAUCUUUGCCUCCCAAAGCUUAAUACAGUGAAGAUGCAAAUGGAGUUUCUCUCUGAAUGCUACAGAGAGAAGAAUACAUGUAAAUGGCUCUCCUGAAGGGAGAACAAACAGCCUGGAGGCUGGAAAGGAAGCUGGAGAGAGAGAGAGAGAGAGAGAGAGAGAGACCUUUGCUUAUAGGUCUGUUUGAAUUAUUUCAUAUUUUGUAGGAUGCUCAGCCUGUGCUGGACAUCACAAGAUAUUGUAUGGAUGUUUUAAUGCUGUUUUGAAGAAAGUUCUGCCAGUAAAAGUUUGAAUAAUAUUUCUAUGGGCCUGGGCAAUAUUUCAUUUCCAAAGGAGUCAGCUCUUAUGUUUCCAGUCACUUCAAACUGUGGAAUAUUUAAUACCUGCAACAUGACCUAGAUGAACAAAUGAUAUGACUGAGUGCAGGGCAACUUUAUGUGUCCAGUAGUGAAUUUUGUUUAUUCCUCGUACACAGGCCAACAGCUCCAGAGUGAUUGCCACUUCUCUGUAGAAGAGUAUUUGCAGCCUCUCAGCUGCUUCUGUAAAAUGCUCUCUCUUUCAGUGGGCAAGACAUGAUAUAAGCAUGGAAAGAUGCCCCAGUUGUCAGCCCCAGCCUAACUGGUAAGUGGCAGAAGCCUCUUCUCUAAUUUCACAGCCAAAGAUAAAUGCUUGCUGACAGUGAUAUAAAUCAGGUUGCAGGCAAAAAUUAGCUAAGAGCAUAUAGAUAAUAAUAUUAUAAUAAUAUAAUAACUAGCACAUAAUAAUAUGUGAACACAUGUAUGUACUUACUCAGGAACCACAUGCAACCCCCUCUUUAGUACACACACACUUUCUCGUGUUGGUUUGUGCAGUUAAUAAUAAUUAGAAACCUUGGAAAAUAAUUGUUUCACACUUAGCCAAGGUUACACAAUUAUCUCUAUUUCCUCACUCAGAUAAUCUCUCUCUCUCUCUCUCUCUCUCUCUCUCUCUCUCUCUCUCUCUCAGGUCUUCAGGACUAGCAGCAGCCCGUUCAUUAUAUUUGUGUAUCAGUUGAACUCAAACUCAGGCCGAAUCAUUGACAAAGCCCGAGACUUUAGCUUUCUCCACCAGCCCAAUGGAUGUAAGCCUGUCCUCUCUGCUCCUCUUUCAGCUGUGGAGCAAAACCAGUGAGAGUAGACAUUUCCUGAUGCAGUCUGUACCAAAUAAUAGGCCAUUAUUUAUCUUGUGCCUAAGGCAAGAUCUCUCCUUCACUUCACAUCACAAUACACGAAGGUAAUUCAAGGAAGUUUGGGGAAUGGCAUGCAGCUGAAACUAAUAAUACUUUCCCAGUUUUAGAAAUAAUAAUUGUGUUUUAUCUAACCUUUGGAUUUUUAUUGAAUAUUUUUGUGCCUCUUUUAUUUUCAUGCCCAAACCCAGCAAAUGUCAAGAAAGGCCCUUCCCUCAAACAUUCUUUUGGGUUUGUUUUUUCCCCUCCACUUAUUCUGGGGCAGAAAGAACUGCCAAGGCCAGGGCAAAGAUGUUGGGCAUAAUGGAGAUACAGUCAAAUAAAAUCCCUUUGAGAGUAGCCCAUGAGCCUCUGAACUUCAGUCAGCAUGCACUGACUUCUAAUCAUUGGUUAAUAAAACAACCUCAUGGUCUGGACUACAGCUCCCAUCAUUCCUGACCAUUGGCUAUGCAGAAUGUGGCAGAUGAGGGUAAAAACAUCUGGAGGGUGUCAUGUUGACUAGGUAAAGUUAAAGGGAUCCCUGACCAUUAGGUCUAGUCGUGGACGACUCUGGGGUUGUGGAGCUCAUCUUGCUUUACUGGCCAAGGUAGCCGACGUACAGCUUCCAGGUCAUGUGGCUAGCAUGACUAAGCCGUUCUGGUGAACCAGAGCAGUGCACUGAAACGCCGUUUACUUUCCCGCCGGAGCGGUACCUAUUUAUCUACUUGCACUUUGACAUGCUUUCGAACUGCUAGGUUGGCAGAAGCUGGGACCGAGCAACGGGAGCUCACUCCAUCGCGGGGAUUUGAACCGCCGACCUUCUGAUCGGCAAGCCCUAGGCUCUGUGGUUUAGACCACAGUGCCACCCGCCAUGCCAACUACCCCUGCCUUAAUUCCUGUAGCCCUGUUAGAUCAGACCAUAGGUCCAACUAGCCGACCGUUUUGUUUCUGAGAGUGGCCAGCCAAGUGGCUCUGGAAAGGUCACAAGCAGACCAUGAAUAUAAUAAAAUACAUAAAUACAAUACAGUUCUGUUGUUUGCCCCCAACAUCUGGAAGUUUCUUGCUUCUGCACUUGGUGCAGACAUUUCUUGCUUCUGCACUUGGUGUGGAGGUUCAUUCCAGUACCAUAAAUAUCUAUGCUUCAUGAUUUAGAGACUUGGAGAUUUAGAGCUACUUUACAGACUGUCAUCCCAUUCUUGGCCAAUAAUAUUGCCUGUCCUGAACUUUCUGCCAGUAGAUAUUUAAAAUAAGAAUAAUGAAUUAAAACAGCAAUCCAUUAAAAAGAAUACAAUCCAUGCAGGAGAGACAACAAGUGUGGCUGAUUUCCAUAUGUUUGUUCUGAAGAGGCAGAAUCCCUUCUGGUGGCAGUUGGGAGAGGCAGGGGUCAUCACUUUGAACUGGAUUCCAACACUGUACAUUUAUAUAAAGUAGUGUUGUCGAAUAUGGACAAUACUCCCAAUAUGGGAGAUAUAACUGAAGAAGUUAUAAAAUCAGCAAUGGUGCAGAUAAAAUGAAUAAACUUUCCAUCUAUUAAAAUUUCACAUAAAACAAAAAUUCAAGUUAUCUGCUGAAAUGAACAGAUAGCAGGCUUAAUAUAUAUGGAAAGGAGUAUAAUAUUAACCUUUGAAACUUGUUACUGGAAGGAUUAUUUCUUGGGAACUAGAUUAAGUACAUUUUAGAUUCAGUACAGAGGAUAAGGCUAUUUUGUUAACACUACUCAUCAAGAUAACCAGAAGUGUGUAAAAACAUGUAAAAUGCAAUCUCUGUUUUCAGAAAUUACUACAUGUUUACUGUCAGGAACUAGACUGAAGGGUAUUGCUCUGAGGAAGAAUGGUGGGAGCUCAAGGGCCUAAUCCUGAAGCUCCUCUGGAGCAGGAGGAUAGUAUUGACCUAGAGCAAUUGUUCACAGACAGACACAGUUUGGGAACUGACAGUUGGGCUGAGCUGGGAGAAGAGCAACCGAGGGGAGAAGAACAGGGAGACAGAGAGCUGGUUGAAUCUCCCUCACUAGAAACUAUGCAUCCCAUGAGCCUGAGAGUCAGGUGUCUGGAUAGGGUAGCCUCUCAGAAGGCUCAGUGGUGGAGGGAUCAUGUGGUGAGGAGACAGGAAGACGGAAGAAACUAGAGGGAAGUGGGAGGAACUCAAUGGGAGCACCUGCACUAUGAGAAUGGCCGCUGAAUGUUUGUGCUGUGUUCAAUAAACCUCUUUGUUGCUGCAAAAGACUGCUUUCACUUUGUGCUGUUAUCUACAGAGAGGGGGAAGGUAAAUCUUGCCUGGUAAGCCUGACCUUACCUAGGAAUAGAAUAGCAGAUCCAUGAAGAAAAGCAUGGAAUCCAAUAGGCCUUAAUUUUAUUUAUAGUGUUUAAAAUUAAUUAAUUUGUGUUAUGAAAUUUACUUAUUUAUUAAAAACUUUCUUCCUAGCUGCUGACUACCAGAGUUGAUACAUUUGAAGGCACUUCCCACCUUCCAUAAGAUUACCACAUAUAAAAUAAUGGAGGCAGUGGAGAAUGCUUGACCUCAUCCUCGCCCGAUAAUAUCUAUAGUCUGAAAAGAAAAGAAUUUCCCUUGAAAAGCUGCAUGUCGAUUUUUGUUGGGCAAUGGGGUCCAGUAGAUGCCAACAAUGGCAGAAGGUUAAAUCGACAUGAAUGGUAGUUUCUUUAAAGGCAUGCAAAACAUUCUGCCGUUGAAUAUGCAAAACAAAACCAGACUCAGGGCUAUUUCUAUGCCUUGCCCUGGUGCCAGAAUACGUGAUGAAUGCAACAAAUGUUACCAAGGAGAUAAUUGGAAGUGAAAAGUCAAAGCAUGUCAAUUUGCAAAUUUUCAGCAGUGCUUUUCCUGACAGAGCAGCUUUUGAGCUGUAGCUGGCCAACUCCACUGUAUCAAAUUAAAGAUCCUAACUUGUUUUCCUACAUUAGACUUGUGAGUGCAAUAUUUUAUUUUAAUAAUGAUGAUUCCAUGAAGGUUUAACUUGACACAUAUAUUUCCAUCCUUUCUUGAGUUUUGAGUCCUGAGAAUUUUAUCUGCAUAUCCUAGGCACUAGAUUGUGAAACCAGGCUUGUUUCAAGUGACUCUCCUUCUACUGUAGAUAUUUCACCACUGCUGAGGAGAAGGUAGGGACUCCUGGAGAGAAUUUCAGGACUUGCCCUAGGAGUCUGGUACAAAGAAGAGACUACCUGCCCAGUUGCAAAAAACAGUGUUCCCAUUUGCUUGCCUCAAAGGAAAAUGGAAGUUCCACUCUGCCUAUUGGACUGGACUGGAGGAACAGAACAGAGUGUUGUUGUGUUGUGUUAUGUUGUUAUGUUAUGUUAUGUUAUGUUAUGUUAUGUUAUGUUACUGUAUGUUAUGUUGUUAUGUUUUAUGUUAUGUUAAUAAAGUCGCUUGUCACCAGAAGGUCUCCAAGCAACUUACAUUAAAGAAAAAUAUAUGCAAAUAUAUAAUGCCAUAGAAAAAAUGAGGGGAUCAUAUUGUACAUUAAUAUUUUACAUAACAUACAACUAAUGGGAAAACAAAAAUAACACACCAGUCCCAUGAAAAGUCACAAACUUUGUUUGCAAUCCUCAGACAAUAAAGAAAGCAAUAUUCCUACCCACUAAUUAGCAGAAAAACAAAACUUCAGCCCCCCUCCCCAGUCCAAAAUCCAUCCACAUUGGUGAGUCCACGGUCAUCACCAUCUUAGUCCAGAGUACAGGGUGGUUGGGCAUUUCUCCUUUCCCUUCAGUAAAGGUAAAGGGACCCCUGACCAUUAGGUCCAGUCGCGGACCGACUCUGGGGUUGCGACGCUCAUCUCGCUUUAUUGGCCGAGGGAGCCGGUGUACAACUUGCAGGUCAUGUGGCCAGCAUAACUAAGCCACUUCAGGCAAACCAGAACAGUGCACGGAAAUGCCGUUUACCUUCCCGCUGGAGCAAUACCUACUUAUCUACUUGCACUUUGAUGUGCUUUCAAACUGCCAGGUGGGCAGGAGCAGGGACCGAGCAACGGGAGCUCACCCAGUCGCGGGGAUUCGAACCACUGACCUUCUGAUUGGCAAGCCCAAGAGGUUUAACCCACAGUGCCACCCACAUCCCUUCUUCCUUCAGUAGGGAGCAAUAAAAAAAGGAAAGCAGGGAGACAGUGGCAAAAGUUUUACCUGCUUUGCAGUCAUCCUGCCUCCUGUUUUUGUCUUGCUGCUGGUGGGGGUGCAGAAAGCAGGAAUGUGCAAUAAGAGUGCUUCUUCAUACCCCGCUGCAAAGGAAGUGAAUACAUUGUGAUAAGCAGCAAUGGCUAAAUAGCACUCUUGCACAAUGAGUUUAUCUCACCUACCCACCCGAAGAAAAAAAAGAUAUCCAAGGUGGGAAAAGUAAUGGGAAGCUACAGCGGAAAGUGCAGGAGAACAAGCAAUUGAUGGCAAUGUCAUAUAACCUCCACACAAUUUGUGUGAGAACAAAUCAGGAGAUUGCUGAAUAUACAAUUUGCCUGAAGCGACCAAAGAGAGGAAAGUAGGCCAGACAAAGGUGGACUAUUGGGAAAUGUCUGUGAAUUUCAAUAAUAGGAAGAGGACCACGUUGUCAGGAGUGGUAGAAAUGAACAGCUGUUGCAGGAAGUUGUAGAAUUCCUGGCCAUCUUGGCAAAACAGGAUCUUCGGUUUAGCCUAAUGCAACAGUCUUCCAAAGACCAGCUUCAUGGUAUGCCCUAGAACUAAAAGUACAGCAUAACCAGGUGGGAAUUUCAAACAGCUCUUGGAAUUCGAGUAGGAGAACUGAACAGUCACAGCCAUUCUACUAAACAUUGUUAGUUGUUAUUGCAAGAGGUGGUGUGAUGGGCAAGACAAGCAAUGAUUCCACCAUGAAGUAACCAAAGGCUCAUUUAUUAAUGCAGCUUUUCAUCAAUAUUUUUUGUAACAAAAGGCUUUGUUGGAAGAUAUGGAAUGCCUAGAUGGGCUAUGUUUUUAUUUGUUGUUUUAAAGUUGUGGCGAGGAUCACUCUUUGCGUUGCAGCACCCAAAGUGGCUUUGUUGAAUCUGACUUCCAUUUUUUUUAAAAUAAGCUUUGUGUUUAUUGUUGAAUCAUAUGGAAAAAACCAAGCUCAUCAGUGUUAGCACAGUACCUCUGAAGAAAAUUCUUGGUUAAGGAAUUAUAUAUGGCUUAAUUACUUUCUUUUCAUUUGUUUUAGAAAAUAUUAUACAUAUCCGGUGACAGUAUUCUUGUGUUGAUUUUUGCUUUUCGAUUGUUCACUUAGAAGGAUAUUGCUCCAAAUAUUUGGUGUUCUAUAAUUAACUUUGAAAUGUUAUGAGAUCAGUGUGAAUAAAAAUCAUUGUUCAACCAUUGUUUUGGGGGGAACUGCUAGUUAGAGCUGAAGACUUCCUUCUGUGCUUCAGUGCUCUGAUGUGUAUUAGAAUGAAUUCAUCUCAGAGGUUUUAUAUAAGAAGAAAACAGUGUGGUGUCAGUAAAAAUAACUGUCUCCAGCUACUUGCCCCCUUCUACUUCCACAAGCAGAAUCUUGCUAAACACUAAUGAAGUCUUCGUUGUAAUUUUCUGGUGCUUAAUCUCUUACCAGUUCCAUCGUCAAAAAGCUUCUCUUCAAUUUGUUUGGUCCCUUGCCAAGGCUUUGAUGUGCACCCCCCCCCCAAUAGACAUCCUUGGGUCAUUUCCAAAUGUAGACCUGGAAAACAAUCUUGUUGAUUCUAAUUUCUGGAAAGAGGUGGGGGACGGGGUUCUAAUUAUUUUUGCCAAAAGGCAAAUAAAUACUUAAGCAAAUAAAAUUAGGUUUCUGUUUAUCAAGUCUUCUGUUUGUGUAUCCCAUUGUAAGUGUUAUUUAUUCCCUUCUGUCUAUCUUUUUUGUAAUUUCACACCACUAAGGAUCUCUAUCAAGACAUUUGAAAGAGGAAAAAGAGUAGCUAUAAAGAAAUUAAUGCAUAGAGAUUCUGUAUGCAGUUAUGGCUGCAACAAUCCGAAAUUAUCUGCAACUCAUUCCCACUGAAAGCUGUGGAAUGAGAGAUGCAGACCAAAUCUGUGUUUAUUCAGGUUUACUCACAAAAAGUCCAACUGUGUUCAAUAGGACUCAUUCUCAUGACUUAAGCUGCAGUUUUAGUCAUGGAUCUCAUAUGUCCUGCUUAAAUCAAUUAGCUUAAAAUGCAUUUGCAUUUCUGCUGAAUUGUUGCCAGAAUCUUUUAACUCAGUGGAACACAAAAAUAAAAUGGGAGGGUGAUUUCAAUGUGCAAGCAAAUAUUUGAUCAUAACCCAUCAAUGAUAGCACACUUAAAGACUAACCCAGAAUGCAAUUAUCAUUUUUUAACUUGGGUGCAAUCCUGUCAAAAUUAAACACACACUUAACUCUCUUACAUUGAAAUCAAUGAAGUUUAAAAUAGCUUAACUUUAUCUGGAUUGCACCCAUGCAUUUUAAACUUGCACUCUUCUGGGUACCAAAUUUCUCACUGAAAUUCCAAAGGACACUAAGAACCAUUUGUGGAACUGAAAAGACAUUUCCCGCAGAACAAAUUUUAAACAAUUGUGUCUCUGUCUGUGGUCUUUAUUUGGACAGGUCACAAACAAAGUAAUGAAUGGAAUACCAUUUAAGAAGACAGAUGAACAAUGAAAAGGAAGAGAGGAGAAGAAAAGACAAAGGAGGAACAAGGACUCAG